GCAGGUAGGCCUAUGUGAUAUUGCACCUUCAAUUUCAUGCAGAUUAGUUUAAUCGAAGGAUCAUUAUGCCAUGGUAAAAUAGAAUCCCAGAAUGACCUUGUGUUUUACAGCGAUAAUACCAAUAUAUGUUUAGUCUUGUUUGUGAACCUCAGGUUUAGGAGCAAAUAUCCACGCACUAUACCUGGGUGAGAGUUCACCCUAAAAGAUAACGGCAUUGUAACACUAACGUCAGCUACCUUUGACUCCAUUGGUAAACUGUCAUGACAAUUUGUUGGACUAAGCUCUGCAGAGUCUGUGGGGUAGGGGUGAGUACAAGCUGGAGAUGGAGGAGAUGGUGUUGGAGUAGGCUGCCAUAAAGGGCGAGGCCUCUAAGAGUCUACUGGAGCUGCUGAGAGACAGAAGCUUCCGAUGGCAGCUCAUCACCAUGGUGGUGGUGUACAGCCGCAUCCAGUUCUCUGGCAUCACUGCAGGCCUGCUGAUAAUGCAUGUGGGAGGAGAGCACUACUCUGGGGGGCUUUGGGGCCGUGUCUCCCAUCAUGAUAUUAAUCACCAUCACUCUCAAACUGAAGCUCGAGUGUUGCCAUCUCUCACACAAGAUAUUUAUCCAAUCAUGCCAGCCUGCAGCGUUUGUCUUCACUGGAAUCCUGUGCUGGGACUAGUCUUCCCCUUUCUUAUUGAGCUGCUCAAGUCGUUCAGCUUCGUGCUGUUCACCUGCAUGUGUCUGUUGGCGUCACUCUAUGUCUUCUUCUACCUACUGGAGACCAUGGGGAAAACCCUCCUGGAGAUCUCAGGGAGUUUAUAAACACCACUCUGUGUGUAAAACCCCUCUCACAUGACAAGACCCUGGAGACAAAGUUAGGAAAACUGUUGGAAGCAAAAGAACUGAGAUGUAUUAUACUCUGUCUGAGUUGUUUAGUUUGUAUUUUAGUAUUGUCCAUCCUAUAUAUUUAUACACUUUGCAUUCAUAAGCCAUAUACCAUAUUCAAUAAUAAUAUGUAAAAGUGUUAUAUACCUGAAUGAGUUUUAUGGACCGAUUGAAUAUAAUAAAAUGCUGUUUAUUCUGA